AAUUUAGCACGGCGUUUCCAUUCGUAUGCUGUUCACUAUAUCUAUUUUGUAAUUUUACCUGUAUACCAGUGUCUAUCUAACUUGCAAAAGUGAAUUAAGUGUAGGCUAAAUUAAUUUGUAUUCCAACGCACUGGAUUGUUUUGUUGGAGCCACUUCUGCUUGAUUACAGUCAAGCUGUUUUGAACACUACUGGCUACUGGCUUGAGAACUAGUUUAUUUGGGGGUGAAGCAAGCGGAAUUUAUCAUGGUGGGCUGAGUGCCAAAUGGAGGCGCGACAUAUAGAUUCAGUCCUCUGGAGUCGCGCGCAGCUCUCAGGAUAAUCUCCAGACGGGACAUUUAAAACUCUCGCUGCUGUUGCUUCAUUCGGGUCGCUUCAGACUGAAACUUGUGGUCUGCAAGCAUGGCAGGCAUUCCCAAAGCUUUUACUUUUGUGUUCAUAGGCUUUCUAAUAACUGUAAUCUCAGGAUUAAGAGCCAACUCUCUGCAGCAGGUUUUCGUGAAGGAUAUUGUAGCUGUUUACGGAGAAAACGGUUCACUGGAUCUCAAUGGCAUUAACAGUUUAUUGGAGACAAUUGUGCAAGACAAGCCUUUGGAUCCGAACAUUCCUCUGCAUGCUCAGUGUGUGUCCGGAGAAGAUAUUCUGGUGCAUUAUGGGCUUCAGAACCUCUCUCAUCUAACAGAGGAACAUCUGGUCACUGUCUGCCCGGCUCUGCUCAACCAAGCAGUGCUGCCACCCUGUUCAAAAGAACCCCCGGUCCUCACUGACCCCAGAGAACUUCGUGUCUGGGGAUAUGGCUUCUUGGCUGUUACCAUCAUUAAUCUGGCCUCACUGCUGGGUCUGACUCUCGUUCCCGUCACUAAAAAGCCCUACUUCCCCAAAGUGCUCACCUACUUCAUUGGUCUGGCUGUUGGGACGCUCUUCUCCAAUGCUGCUCUCCAACUUAUACCCGAGGCCUUUGGGUUUGACCCGAAAGCAGACGGUUAUGUUUUCCAAGCUGUUGGGAUCUUUGGUGGAUUCUAUGCGCUGUACUUUACCGAAAAAAUCCUUAGGAUGGUCCUCAGACCAGACCGUGAGCACGGCCACGGACACAGUCACUUCCUUCCCUCAGAGAGCGUCCAACAGAAUGGCGUCGUCAUUACGGCGAACUCUGACUUCAACUUUGCCAGCAGCGACAAAGCCAGCAUAACCUCUGACCCCCCAGUGGAACAGGGGUCUUGCAGAUGGCUCAGAGGAAGACGGCUGUCCAGCGUGAAGACAGUGGCAUGGAUGAUUUCCCUGAGCGAUGCUCUACACAACUUCAUUGACGGACUGGCCAUCGGCGCCUCGUUCACAGUGUCUAUUCUCAAUGGCUUUAGCACCUCUAUCGCUAUCGUCUGUGAGGAGUUCCCUCACGAGCUGGGCGACUUCAUUAUCUUGCUGAAUGCAGGGUUGAGCAUUCCACAGGCUGUCUUCUUCAACCUGCUGUCUGCGAUGUCCUGCUAUGUGGGCCUAGUCCUGGGCAUCUUGUUGGGCAACGCUUUUGCCCCCAACAUCAUCUUUGCCUUUGCUGGUGGCAUGUUCCUUUACAUAUCCUUGGCUGAUAUGUUGCCUGAAAUGAACAUGAUUGCCAGUGAACAAGUGCAGAGCACGAAGGCCGAUAUCAUUUUUUUCACAAUCCAAAAUGCUGGAAUUCUGACAGGAUUUACCUUGAUUCUUCUCAUCACAUUGUAUGGUGGGAACAUUAGCCUGGGCUGAGCCCUUGGUACAUACUGCCCUUUCAUUCUGUGCCUUUCCUGUGCACUUCCCAUUCCAGAUGAUACUCUCAUUUAAGCUAUUUAUUUGAGAAAAAACUACUUCAAACUAUUUUUAAAAUCAUUUAUACUGAGGAAACUUGAAAAUCAUUAGGUGUUAAGUAAUUUGAUGAUUUGUAUAAGCUGAUAAUUCUCAAAAUGUACAAUUCUAGCCAUUUUAUACUGUUGUAAAUAAACUGUACUGACCUACUAAUCAUGUAUAUUUUGGUGCAUUUGGUGCUAACUGAAUGAUCAAGUUUGUUACUUUGUAAAAUAGGAACUUCUAAUAUCAUGCAAAAUAAAAACACAGAACAGAACUGUAUUAAAAAGUC